GAUUGGACCGCUCAGCACAGCUUUGAAGGCCAUUCCAACGCCUGCUCGCUGGCCUAUAGCCGGGUCCAGGUGGAGUGCGACGUUUGCCGUGCAUGUACCAUCCAGGAAGCCGGCUGUCAAGUGGCGCAUUCCCCAGGCUCACUGCCAUAUGACUGCAAUGCAGCGCUCAGCAACUUCUUCCGUGCUUGGUCCCCCGAAAAGAAGCACUGGUGCUGCUCAAGCCAAGGCAAGGGGCGCUUCGGGUUUAGGGUUUCAGGUUUUAGGGUUUAA